GUCACUUCCGGCGUGCGGGAGGAAGCCGGAAGUGGCUGUGUUUGUGUCGAACAUGGCGGCGUUAGCGGAGCCGUGCGCUGGGGUCUCCUCUGGCAGCUCGGACGAGGAGCCGGUCCCCACGGCGGAGGAGGAGCUGGCGGCCCAGAAGAGGGAGGCGAGGCUGAGGAAGUUCCGGGAGCUCCAUAUGAAGAGGAAUGAAGCUCGCAAGCUAAAUCACCAGGAAGUUGUAGAAGAAGACAAGAGACUUAAGUUGCCACCAAACUGGGAAGCAAAAAAGGCUCGAUUGGAAUGGGAACUGAAGGUGGAGGAAAAGAAAAAGGAAUGUGCUGCAAAAGGAGAAGACUAUGAGCAAGUGAAAUUGUUGGAAAUCAGUGCUGAGGAUGCUGAAAGAUGGGAAAGAAAAAAGAAAAGAAAAAAUCCAGAUCUAGGGUUUUCAGAUUAUGCAGCUGCCCAAUUGCGCCAAUAUCAGAGGUUAACCAAGCAGAUUAAACCUGACAUGGAACAAUAUGAAAAGCAAAAGAAAGAUACGGAAGAAUUCUAUCCAACAUCAAACAGUCUUCUUCAUGGAACUCAUGUGCCAUCUAAUGAAGGGGUUGAUAGGAUGGUUGCUGAUCUUGAAAAACAAAUUGUAAAACGUGAAAAAUACAGUCGGCGACGUUCCUAUAAUGAUGAUGCAGAUAUUGACUACAUUAAUGAGAGAAAUGCCAAGUUCAACAAGAAGGCAGAAAGGUUCUAUGGGAAAUACACAGCAGAGAUUAAACAGAACCUGGAGAGAGGAACAGCUGUCUGAACUGUCAGAUCAACAUACUUUGUGUUUCUGUGACUAGGUCAUUCUGCACAGCCUGCUGGGCUUAUACUGAGAUGGCUAAACUGUAUGAUAAAAUGCCAAUAGAAUAACUGUAGACUCUUAAUAGUAACAUUGUCAUUUGUUAAUAUUAAAGUCUAUCGCAAGUUUAUUGUCUAAAAUACAAGCGCUUGAAGGACAGAAAAACUUAACUUUUCAUAGCUUGCCAUUCCUAAGGUAACUAAGUUUUGAGUUUUACUAAGUUAACAAACUUACUUCAUAUUGUUUAGAUUUUGAAGCUACUGUGGCAUUUUAAGAAAAAACUAAGCUUAAUCUGGAUUAUUGAUAAAAGAGAGCACCCUCUGUAUUAGUAAAUGUGAAGGAUCCCUUAAGUUUAGCACAAUUAGAUGUUGCUAAAAUAAUACAGUAUAGCUGACUUUGGUAUUCUUAGUGACAUACUCAUUUCCUUUACUGAUGUAUCACUUAAAAACAUCAGUCUUUGUAGGGCAUAUAACUGUCAUUUUGUGGAAGAGCUAAACAGUUCUGAAUUUAUGGUAACAGAAGUGAAUUGCUGCUCUUUUAUCAGCUUUGUUUUGCUAAGUUACACCUUCUCCAUCUUGCUUAACUGGACUGCAUCAGCCCUGUGCUGUGGAGCAUACUUACCUUCCAACCCCCAUCCAGCUAACAUUUUCUAUACACCUGGUAAUGUAAGAUACUGGAAUUCGAGAUUCCUGACUUUAAAGCCAGAAGAGCUUGUAGUUAACAUGUAGCUUUCUAGACAAACAUGUUGGGAGAAACAAGGCUGAUUCCUACCCCCCUCCCACCUGCUUCAUACCUUAUUAACCUAACCACAAACAGGGAAGGGAGGGGAUGGAAGAAGCCAAGCAGCUUGUGAAAAAGCAACUGUGCCUGAAUCAUAAAAGCAAUACAGCAGACUUUUGUGGGUGGUUCUUGCUGUGGGAUGCAAGGUUACCCGUCUGUUUUUCUCAUUUAUUUCUUGGACCAUCACAGUAUCACUAGAACCCCAAUUUACUGAAGUUAGAUACAUUGUCUUUUAAAAACAAGGAUUGUGACAGGAACAAGUUUUUAAUAAAGGGUGCCAGCCUGGUGAUAUAAUCACAGCACAGACUGUCUUCAGUCAGUUCUGUACGCAUGCAAGAACUAGCCCUAGAGGCACUACCAGGUUUCUGAAUGGGAUAGAUGCAUAUGUCAAUCGGUCUGGUCACAGUAGGUAGUGGACUGACCAUCGUGUUCAUCUAUAUCAGCAUUGCUCAACCUGGGGGCUCAUGACCCAGAAGUGGAGCACAGGAACAUGAGAGGGCUGCAAAACGAACUGGUACAAAAAAAUAAAAGUUGACAACCAGACCUAGUUUUUUUGAUUAUUUUCCAUGCGCAGUACAGAAGAGAACAGCACACUGUAUUGUGGAUGCAGAAAUUAACAGGAUUCUCCCUUCAGCAGGGACCUGCUUACCUCCAGCUUCCAUGACGCAAGAGCUAGACACAAAAAUCAAGAACCUCACCUAUUCUGCAGUGUUAGUCAUUAAAGCAAACAAACCUUCUUUGGGCAAGCUUCCCCUAACCUUUGAGAGAGCAGCUUUAAAGAAACAUGAAGCCUGGCUCCCUCACUAGAAUACUUCAUUGAAGUUCUUAGGAUUGUUUCCCCCUAUCCCUGCCUUCCCCCACCCUUCAUCACAGUAACAUUAUGCUGUAUUGAAGUAGCUUUGUUAUUUUACUAUAUACCAAAAUCAAACAGUGGAAGCCUGGAGUGUACUGAAGCAAAUAAUUUAAUAAACUGAUUUUUUACACUUGGGGCAUUGAGCAUUAAAGAAACAUGUGCAGUGGAACCAUGUAAGUUAAUCUAAAAUAGAUAAGAAAUGCUUCCUUAUGCAACUAUGUAUGUCAUUACUGUUUUUACAAGGAAUACAUCCUCUGGAAUUAAAUAGUCUUUACAUUUCA